AUGUCAACGGAAUCUGCAAUUCUGAUUAAUGUUGAUCAGUCGUCAACUAGUGAUGCGGAUGCAAUUAAUAAUCCGGAAGCUGGAUGUGAUGAUACUAAUUCCGGUGAUUCUAAUUCUACUUUGUUGAAGACUGAAAAGUAUAGUCUACAAACUCAUAAUUUUGACCAAGCAUUGCUUAAUGCUAAUAAAAUGGAACAAACUGACUUUCAAAAUCGUUCCAUUGGUGCUGCCGAUCCAGUGCUGGAAUCAUCCAAAUUACUCAGGAAACUUUCCGAAGCUUUUGGUAUGUCCAUUUUUCUCUCUGAUCUCCUUCAAUUAUGA